AUGAACCCAGGGCUGAAACCAGUUGCGAAGAGAGCUGACCAGAAGCUGAAAGAGGUCAAGCUGGAGGACACCACUGAGGUUGAGCAGUCACCCUAUGACAAGCUCCCAUUUCCACAAAGGGUCCUCACCAAAGCUCAGAAGAAGAUGAUUUCCAAGUUCAGAAAAGACCUAAGUGAUAUUGGACUUAAGCUUCCAGCGAUUUCGGGUAUGCGUGAGGCUCAUGUCCAAAUGAUGCUCAUCAAGGACAUUGUAGACCACCAAGCAGAAGUAGCAGAGCUUCUCAACAUCUCAACUUUGAAACUUGAUCCACCAGUCACACCAAAGUCUCUCCCAAAACUAGAAUCCCAAGGGAAGUUCACCUUGUCUUGCUCCCUUGGUAACCUCACCUUUGAUGAUGCUCUUGUUGAUUCUAGUGCAACUGUGAAUGUGAUCUCAAUGGAGAUGGUGAAGAGUCUUGAGAUUGAACACAUGGAGCCAGAUACUUCCUCUCUCACGUUUGGGGAUUCCUCUUCUACUACCCCUAUUGGUCUCAUCAAGGACUUCCCUUUGAAGAUUGGAUCUUGCACCAUCCCUAUAGACCUCACAGUCUUGAAGAUGGCAACUGAAAAGAGAGUUCCAUUGAUCUUGGGCGCACCAUUCUUUACUACUGUGGGUGCUUGCAUCGAUUUUGCCAACAAGAAGGUCACACUCCUCAAUGUGAACAAAGCUGUUUCUUACCCAAUUCAGUCUCCACUGGAUGUUGAGUAUUGUGGAACCAUCACUUGUGGAAACCCCUCCAUUGAGAAGAACAAGGAUGCAAUGGUUGUUAGUAAGAAAGAAAGUCUUGAUGGAGAGUCCUCUAAAGAGAUAUGUGAUGAACACUUGAAAAGUGCUAAAAAUGAGGAGGUGAGUCGAGCCACAAAGGCUGCUCAUGACAAGAAGGCCACAAGGACUCAUCAACUCCAAGAUGAUCCAACCAAGCUUCAAGAGCCUCUCUCUCAGGUCCUCACCAUCACUCUUGAAGGUGGGAAGGAUCCUCCUUCUCCACUUUCCACUUGA